GUGUGUGUUGUUGCACCUCAGCAUGGCUGUGGUCAUCCGUUUGCAGGGUCUCCCCAUUGUGGCUGGGACUAUGGAUAUACGCCAUUUCUUCUCUGGAUUGACCAUCCCGGAUGGUGGUGUGCAUAUUGUAGGGGGUGAACACGGUGAGGCUUUUAUCGUGUUCGCCACAGAUGAAGAUGCGAGGCUUGGAAUGAUGCGCACAGGGGGGUCAAUCAAAGGUUCCAAGGUGUCUCUGUUGCUGAGUAGCAAAACUGAAAUGCAAAAUAUGAUUGAGCUGAGUCGUAGGCGCUUUGAAACUGGUAGCGCAGAUGUUGCCGCAGGAAAUGGCAGUAGGCCUGGGCCACCUGUUAGCACUGGUGGAAGUGGAAGGGGCAACUUGCCUACCACAGCACAAGGGUUUAGUAACACAACUUCUACUACUUCCACAACAGCAGUGUCAACACAUGAGCCUGUUAGCAACAAGACUGUCCCUACCUUUUCAACCACAACCAUGGGCAGCAUGCCCCCAAACUUUAAUAAUUUCACCAGCCCAAGCCUUAGUUUGGGAUCCACAAUGACAACAGCAAUGUCAUCCUUGAAUUCUGUACCUCCCCCAAUACCUCCGUUGCCCGCCAUGCCAACACUACCACCAAUGCCCCCUAUACCAGUACCACCACCAGUAUCUGCAUUGCCACCAGUACCAACUGUUAAUCCACUAACAUCAGUGCCUCAAGUCCCUCCCAUUGCACACAUGCCUCACCUGUCUGCGCUUCCACCAUUCAACCCAGGCAUUCCUCCACCUGUUGGCCCCGUCCCUGGUGGUUUAGCUGCCUCUGGUCCACUGUCUCUCGGAAAUUCCAAUCCAAUGUUCCUGAAUCCGUUAAACCCUCUAAACCCCCUGAACCUCCAACCUCACAUGAAAUCAGCCAUUACAAACCCAGAUGACUUUUACGUUCAUCUGCAUGGCCUUCCCUUUUCAGUCCUUGAACAUGAGAUUAGAGAUUUUUUCCAUGGACUUGGAAUCGAGUCUAUUCGUUUGCUCAAAGACAACUUGGGUAGAAACAGUGGCAGGGCAUUGGUUAAGUUCUACUCGCCACAUGAGUCUUUUGAAGCCCUGAAAAGAAACGCAGGAAUGAUUGGCCAAAGAUAUAUUGAGGUUUCUCCAGCUACAGAGCGACAGUGGAGAGAGAGUGUUGGACAUUCUAAAGCAGGUGGAGACAGUGAACACAACAGACAUCGCCGCAGAAGCGCUAAUUCGCCAACACCCUCUAGUGGUGAGCGAGCCAGAUCCCGAUCUCCUCACAAACUAGACUAUUGUGUAUAUUUGAAAGGACUCCCAUAUGAAGCAGAAAAUAAGCAGAUCUUUGAGUUUUUCAAAAAUCUUGACAUUGUUGAAGAUAGCAUUUACAUUGCAUAUGGACCCAAUGGCAGGGCAACUGGUGAGGGAUUUGUUGAGUUUAGAAAUGAAAUGGACUAUAAAGCUGCUCUUGGAUGCCAUAUGCAGUACAUGGGUAGUCGUUUCAUACAAGUGCAUCCAAUCACAAAGAAAAACAUGUAUGAAAAGAUUGAUGCCAUUCGCAAACGAAUGCAGGGCUCUCAGGGUGAUCAAAAGAGUAGUUCUGGAGGGGGAAAGAGUGCCAAGAGUUGUGCUCACAUAACCAAUAUUCCCUAUAACGUGACAAAAAAAGAUGUUCGACUGUUUCUUGAUGGCAUAGAGUUGUUUGAAGAAAGUCUUAAGGUGCUAGUUGACUCUAAUGGUAAUGGUCUUGGCCAAGCUAUUGUGCAGUUUAAGUCAGAUGAGGAUGCACUUAAAGCCGAGAGGCUGCAUAGGCAGAAAUUGAAUGGCAGGGAUGCCUUUGUUCAUUUGGUUACUUUUGACCAGAUGAAAGAAGUUGAAAGAAAUCCACCUCCGCAAGCAAAAAGAGGACAGAAAUCCCAACAAAAUGCCCAUGCUCAUCUCCAUUCACAUGUCCAUGCACAUGCUCAUGUUCAACCCCAAGCCCAAGUUCCCCAGGCACCUCACGCUUUUCCAACAAUGACAGGCGAUGAGUUCAGUUUUCUAAGAAAUGCUGUAGGGACUCUUGGAAAUGGUCCUCCUUUUGUCAACCCGUUUGUUGCUCCAGGCAAUGGUCUGACAUGUCCGCCACCUUUGCCCCCCCUUGGCACAGCUUUGGCUGACGUCUCGCUUAGUGUUCCACCACCUAUGGUUGGAGGACCUCUGCCUGGUCCUAUUCUAGAGCACCCUGGUUUCAGACCCAGUGUCAAUACGGCACCACCUGGUUUUGUUGGCGCACCAGAGCCUUUAAGGGUGAUGCCACCAUUUGAUAAUGGGUCUUCUCGUAAAGCUGUCACUCAAAAUCGCGCUGGGAAUCAAGGUCAGAGGCCACCUUCUGACAAUCUUAGAGGACCAUCCCCUGGUGGUCCAGGUAAUUCACGGCCUACAAUUGUCAAAAUUCAAAACAUGCCAUUUACUGUGACUGUGGAUGAGAUCAUCGAUUUCUUCUAUGGCUAUCAAGUUUUGCCUGGUUCUGUAUGCUUGCAAUUCAGUGAUAAAGGUUUGCCCACUGGGGAAGCAAUGGUUGCUUUUGAUUCCCAUGAUGAAGCUAUGGCUGCUGUUAUGGACUUGAAUGAUAGGCCUAUUGGGGCAAGAAAAGUUAAGAUCACUUUGGGAUAAAAACAAGAACUUUGUCAUCGCAAUGUGUCUUUUCUUUUGACACUGUUUUUUUGAAAAACUGACUAAUCUUGUUGUUUUUAUGUACAGAAGAAGAAGCUGACAAGUAUUAGAUUCUUUUUCAAUGGCCACAUUAUUUAUCCAAGACUGUCGUUACAUGAAGCAUGACAUAACUGAGAAAAGACUGUUUAUUUUAAAACUUCAAACAGCAUUGUUUAAGACUUUAGGCCAAUAAUGUGUUUGUUUGCAUAUGCAGAUCUGAAUAAGGGGCAUCUUUA